UAAUGAUUUGUCAAAAGAGCCGAAUUGCGGUUUUACAGUUGCAAAGAGAAAAUUUGGUUUAACGAUAAUCCAGAGGUUUUUAAUUGGUUUUAAACAUUAAUAGUGUCAUUAUAGAAGUAGUUUGUGUAAGAUUUUACAGUUCUAUCAUCUAAAAUGUUGAUCAAAGUAAAGACUCUUACAGGAAAAGAAAUUGAAAUAGAUAUCGAACCUACAGAUAAAGUAGAACGUAUCAAAGAAAGAGUCGAAGAAAAAGAGGGUAUUCCUCCCCAACAACAGCGACUUAUCUUUUCUGGAAAACAGAUGAAUGAUGAAAAAACGGCACAAGACUAUAAAGUGCAGGGGGGAUCGGUACUGCAUUUGGUGUUAGCUCUGAGAGGCGGCGAACAAGAUCUCCUGUGAUUCUCAAACAAUUAUAACUUAAUUUAAUAUUUUCAUUUACUGUAUAAACAUAAUACUGAUUAAAAUAAUGUUACACACUUAUUUUUAAUCGCCAUGAA